AUGGCAUUCAUUCUAUUCCUUUCAUUGUCACUCCUACUUCAUGGAGCUUUAGGUGAAAUCAUUUGUGAGGAACUACCAACCGAAUUGUGUGCUUUCUCGAUUGCAUCUUCAGGAAAGCGUUGCGUAUUAGAGAAUUAUGUAAAAAACACGGAAGACAUGAUCAAAUAUCAAUGCAAGACCUCGGAGAUCGUUGUUGAAGACAUGAAAGAUUGGAUUGAGAACGACGAUUGCACAAAUGCUUGUGGGGUUGAUAGGAAGUCAGUCGGGAUCUCCUCAGACUCCCUUCUUGAGCCGCGUUCUAUAGCAAUGCUUUGCUCGCAUUCUUGCUUUGAUAACUGCCCCAACAUUGUUGAUCUCUAUUACAACUUAGCCAUUGGUGAAGGUGUAUAUCUAAAAAAUCUGUGUGAAGUUCAUAGUAAGAUGCCGCGUCGUGCAAUGGGUCAACUUCUAAGUUCGGGUGCAGCUUUUGGUCCUGUUUCUGCUGCAGAUGGUUCAAUUUUGUUGGCAGAAGCUCCAGCUUCUAACGAAUUAUCAAUUUCUCCGGCUUAUGCUCCUACUUCUAUAUGA